AUUUCAAAUACCCCCCUAUCCUAGAAGUCAACGCCUCUCUCUUUCUCCCCUCUUCUCUUCUACUUCGCCUCCUCUUCUUCUUCUUCUUCUUCUUCUUCUUCAUCAGUUUCCUUUCUCCAUCAGCGGAUUUCCGGUUGAGCAUGAAUGGUUUAUCCCUCGUCAUCCACCGCUUGAGCCGAGAGAAGCGUGAAGCAAACCAUCGAAUCUCCUCCUCCUCCUCGCCCUCCUUCUUCUUCUCCAUCCGGUUCCUCUUUAUGUCGCCGGGCUUCUGAAUUUGUUUGGUUAUUUGAUUCCUUCGAUUUUUAUUCUUUUUUUUUUUUUCUUUUGGCCCUCCGAUAUGGGUAACGGGGUCGGCAAGUUCAGCGUCUGCUUCACCGGCGACGAUGACUCCUGCCGGCGGCACGACGUGUCGGUGCUCGUGGCGGAGCCUCUCGACGAGGGGCUGGGCCAUUCCUUCUGCUACGUCCGGCCCGACCCGACCCGGAUAUCCUGCUCCAAGGUCCAUUCGGAGGAGGAGACCACCACCUUCCGCGCGAUUUCCGGGGCCUCCGUGAGCGCCAACGCGUCGACGCCGCUGUCGACGUCGAUUCUCGAUUUCUACGCCUACGGAUGCAUCGACAAGUCCUCGACUUUCGAGAGCUCCACGUCUUUCUCUUCGAUCCCACUCCAGCCGAUUCCUCGGUGCUCCGUCGGCUCGGGCCCGCUGUCGGGCAACUUCGAUCGGGUCCCCGGGUCGGGUCCCCUGGAGAGGGGGUUCCUGUCGGGCCCGAUCGAGAGGGGGUUCUUGUCCGGGCCGUUGGAUCGGGGCAUCUUCUCGGGUCCGCUGGAGAACGGAGGCUCCGAUCAGUUCAAGAGGAGCUUCUCGCAUGCGGAUUCUGCGUUCAGGCACAAAUCAAGAAAAGGGCGGCUGAUUCGGGGGAUCAGGAAGGCGAUCUCGAAGAGGAUUUCUCGCGGGCAGAACUCGCUCGUCGCUCCGAUCAAGGCCGCGAAGGAUCCCUACUGGAUGUCGGCUGCAGAGAAGCAGCAUAACCAGCUUCGCAAUGAGAACUCCACGAUCAGUAGUCUUUACUUGAGCAGCGAAGGGAGCUUGGAGGAUUACGAUACGUUGGAGGGGCAGCAGAGCGUUCAGUGGGCGCAAGGGAAAGCAGGGGAGGAUCGGGUCCACGUCGUCGUGUCGGAGGAACGUGAGUGGAUCUUCGUCGGGAUCUAUGACGGGUUCAAUGGCCCCGAUGCUCCCGAUUAUCUGUUGUCCAAUCUGUACCGUGCCAUUCACAAGGAGCUCAGGGGAUUGUUGUGGGAUGAUGAUAAGUAUGAUCUUAGCCCUGUUCGGGCUUCUGAAGAUUCUAGACCAGACAUGAAGGAGUCGCUUUCUCGGGAUGAGUAUGAUCUACCGAGGAAUCGGGAUGGAGACGCGUGUUCUUCGUGCUUUGAGCAGGAGAACUACCCUUGCGCAAACAUAGAUUUGAGUUCUGAUUGGUCGUCGAAGAGGAAGAAGAACUCGAGUUCACGGAGCAAGCACAGAGGACCAGGAAAGAAGUGGGAGGAGAAUCAGAGGAAGUGGAAGUGCGAGUGGGACCGGGAGCGGUUAGAGCUCGAUCGGAGGCUAAAGGAACAGUUGAGUCGAUCGGGAUCGCAUGAUGGCAGAUCGAUCAAUCACUGUGACGUGUUGAAAGCGCUCUCUCAAGCUCUCAACAAGACAGAGGAGGCCUUUUUGGAUAUUGCAGAUAAGAUGGUUGUGGAAAAUCCUGAAUUAGCAUUAAUGGGCUCUUGUGUACUUGUGAUGUUGAUGAAAGGGGAAGAUGUUUACGUGAUGAACGUGGGCGAUAGCCGAGCAGUGUUGGCUCAAAAGGCGGGGCCGGACUAUAGGAUCGGCAAGGUCCAGCAAGACCUGGAAAAGAUUAAGGAAGAAACUUUAUAUGACAUUGAAGCUUCCGAUUGGGACCAACCUAGUGGAGUGAUCGGUUUGAAUGCAUUUCAGCUUAGUGUGGAUCACAGCACGAGUGUGGAAGAGGAAGUUCAGAGAAUAAAAAAGGAGCACCCUGACGAUGCUUCUGCAUUGGUGAAUGAUCGAGUUAAGGGCUCCUUGAUAGUCACUCGCGCUUUUGGUGCUGGCUAUCUCAAACAGCCUAAGUGGAAUGAUGCGCUUCUGAAGAGGUUCAGAAUCGAUUAUGUAGGAAGCUCCCCAUACAUCACUUGCUCACCAUCUCUCUACCACCACAAGUUAGGUCCCAAAGACAGGUUUCUGAUAUUGUCUUCCGAUGGACUCUAUCAAUACUUUACGAAUGAAGAAGCGGUUGCUGCGGUUGAGCUUUUCAUUGACUUGCAACCUGAAGGAGACCCUGCCCAACACCUCAUUGAGGAAGUGCUAUUUCGUGCAGCAAAGAAAGCCGGCAUCGAGUUUCAUGAUUUGCUUGAAAUACCACAUGGAGAUCCAAGGCGGCGGUAUCAUGACGACAUUUCCAUCAUAAUUAUCUCGUUAGAGGGAAGGAUUUGGAGAUCUAGUGUAUAAAACAGAGCUGCAUAUAGGAAGAUAGAGAGACACGAUCUACUAAAAGAACAUGAGGCAUCUCCUUUUUGCUGUUCCUUUUCCCGGGUCACAUCUGUAAAACCAAUUCAGAUAUGCCUGAUCUAAAUGAAUUAUUUGUGUAUUCUUCUCUCUUCACAAUACUAAGUCAAGAAAAUAAACACAUUUUGCUCUCUUUUA